GGUACUCCUCUUUUCUCUGGCAUCAAAGUUUUGUUUCAUUCUCAAAGUCUUCUCCAGAGUCCCCCGUUUUCCCGGUGAAUUUCCCAAGCUUUCAUCCGGCGACCUCCCGAUCCCGACGCCAAGAUGAUGCACAUGACGUUCUACUGGGGGAAGGACGCGACCCUGCUCUUCGACGGGUGGAAGACGACGACGUGGCUCGGCUACGGUCUCUCCCUCCUUGCGCUCUUCCUCUUAGCCGCUUUCUACCAAUACAUUGAGAGACUCCGGAUUAGUAUCCAGACGGCCUCCGCUGUAAAUUCUCUCGAUUCCGGCGUCGAGGCUCCUCUCCUCUCUACUUCCGGCUUUGUGAAGUCCAGAUGCCGCAAGCUCGCCGUCGCCGCAUCGUUUGGCGUCAGUUCGGCGAUCGGCUACCUCCUCAUGCUCGCCGUGAUGUCCUUCAACGCCGGGGUCUUCAUUGCGGUCGUCCUUGGGCUGACAGUCGGCUAUCUCGUCUUCAGAGACGUCGAUGGUGACGUCGUCGCUGCGGUCGCGAGACAGAACACCUGCGCCUGUGCCUGAGAUCUCGACGGCCUCCGGUCGUCUAUUUAUCCUCUGCUGCACGGGGGUUUCUGCUUCCGUUGCCGUUGGUAUCCUACCUUCGUUUUAGUUUGUUUUUCUUCUUUCUUGUGUCAAACGAAUUGGAUUGCUGAAAUCGGGGAAAAGUCCUGUACUUCGCUUGUAUGAUAGGAAUAGAACGAAGGAAAUAAUGUUGUUUGGUUUGGGGUUUUUAA